AUGGCCGUGAAGCGGUGCAUGACGAUCGACGAGCAGCAGAAGAAAGAGUUCGGCAAGGAGAUGCUCAUCCUGUCCCAGAUCAACCACAGGAACAUCGUGAAGCUGCUCGGCUGCUGCCUCGAGGUCGAGGUCCCCAUGCUCGUCUACGAGUUCAUCCCGAACGGCACGCUGUUCGAUCUCAUCCACGGCGACCACCACAGGCAGCAGCACGUCUCGCUGGACACUCGCCUGAGGAUCGCCCACGAGUCCGCCGAGGCGUUGGCCUACCUCCAUUCCUGCGCGUCGCCGCCGAUCCUCCACGGCGACGUCAAGUCCACCAACAUCCUCCUAGACGGUGACUACACGGACAAAGUCUCCGAUUUUGGCGCGUCCAUCCUGGCGCCGAAUGACAAGUCACAGUUCGUCACGGUUGUCCAAGGGACGUGCGGGUAUCUUGAUCCGGAGUACAUGCAGACAUACGAGCUGACAGACAAGAGCGACGUGUACAGCUUCGGAGUUGUUCUCCUAGAGUUGCUCACGGGCAAGAAGGCGUUCAACCUGGAAGGACCUGAGAACGACAGGAGUCUGUCCAUGAGGUUUCUGUAUGCGAUGAAGGAAAACAAGCUUGAGGAUAUCGUGGAUGAUCAGAUCAAGAACAGUGAGAACAUCGAGUAUCUCGAGGAGAUUGCGGAGUUAGCGAGGCAGUGCUUAGAGAUGAGUGGUGUGAAUAGGCCAACGAUGAAGGAAGUUGCGGAUAAGCUUGAUAGGUUGAGGAAGAUCAUGCAACAUCCAUGGGCACAUGAGAAUCCUGAAGAAUUGGACAAGUUGCUUGGAGAGCCGUCUACAGCAAACUCGACCGCUACUACUGGAAAUUUCAGCAUCACAAAGAGAGCUGCCAUGGGCUUGGAAUCAGGGCGUUAG